AUCUCGUUGAGAACAUCUACGAGACGGUUCUUUUGCCGUGGAGAUGAAGAGAAGACUACAGAAAAAAUACAUUAUCUUAAUUUUAGGUUAUUCUGUUGUACUCCUUUUAAUUCCCUAUGUGCUAGAUUACCGGGCUAAAUCGGCUCAGGUUAAACAUGGACUGCAACAGCCAAGGUGUCCCGAUUUGGAAAAUACAAUAGCAUUAUGGAAUAACGGAGAUAAAUCGGGCAACUCCACGGACACGAUAGAGGACGUUGUCAACAGGAGUCAAUCAAAAACACAUAUCUAUCUGCAUGCAACAUGGAGAACGGGGUCUUCGUUUUUGGGGGAACUGUUCAACCAGCACCCAGAUGUAUUCUAUUUAUACGAACCGAUGUGGAAUAUGUGGCAAGCUCUCUACCCAGGAGACGCUGGAAGUCUGCAAGGAGCUGUGCGUGAUAUGAUGAAUUCACUUUUCCGUUGUGAUUUUUCUGUUUUGAAAUUAUACGCUGGCUCAAGCAAUAUUAGCACAUCCUUUAUUUUUGGUUGGAAAACCAACAAAGUGAUCUGUUCCGAGCCUUUGUGUAGCGCGUACAAGAAGCACGAAGUCGGAUUAGUUCAAGGAGAGGUCUGCAGUAAAUGCACGUCGAAGGACAUUAAAGAGCUAGAAAAAGAGUGCAAAAAGUACCCUGUGGUUGUCAUCAAAGACGUGCGGGUUUUGGACUUGGGUGUGCUAGUACCUCUGAUGAGAGACCCAUCUCUGAAUCUCCAAAUCGUCCAGUUGUUCAGAGACCCACGGGCUGUGCACAAUUCUCGACUGAAAUCUAAAUUAGCCUUGGUAAAAGAGAGCAUUCAAGUACUUCGAAGCAAGAAGCAGACUGACAAAUAUAAACGCCUGCUCGUUCCAAACAACAGAGUGAAUCGCGCUGAAAGCUAUGUGGCCAGUGCCAUGGAGCUCAUAUGCGAUAACUGGCUGAAUGACAUGUUGCUCGUUAUGAACGCGCCUCCAUGGGUGAAGAGGAAUUACAUGCAGAUACGCUACGAGGACUUGGUGAUGCACCCCGUAGAGGAGUUGCAGAAGCUAUAUCGGUUCUCUAACCUUACGUCUUCUCCACUAUUAGAGAAGUUUGUGUUGAACAUGACGCAUGGACAGGGAUAUUCCUCUGACAAACCGUUCCUUAUAUCUUCAAGAGACGCCAAAGAGGCCAUCUUCGCCUGGCGAGAACGCUUGAAUGUUGAGCAAAUAAACUAUGUCGAAUCAUACUGUAAUGAAGUCAUGCGCCAGUUAGGCUAUCAGAAAAGAAAUAUGGACAAAACAUAGUCAUUUCUUCUGCGCAGGAGAAUCGAGGAGCUUCACGGACAGGAGCCGCGGGGAGCGGGAGGGGUACGUGGCGGCAGCAGGGCUGGCGAGACGGCCACAGCACUGGGCAAAAGGGGCAGUGGAACACUGGCACAACUAGACCCUGUUCUCUUAAAGUGGGCAUCCUGCCGGCCUGUCAACUCGCAUUUAGAAGAACACAACGAGAGGAUACUUCAUGAAUAGCCUUUGGGCCUGAUAGACAACUGUUUCAUCUUAGAGAAGAACUACAGAGCAAGGGGAAAUGUGAUAGAGAAGGGGGGGGGGGGGGGUGUUUCCGCAACUAGUACCGAUAUUGAGCAGGCCCUUUGAAAAGAGCACAUUUAGACACUUAAACCGAGACGAGGAGAAAAGAGGCUUGAAAGAUAAAGAGGAUAGCAGGGUGGACAAGAGGAGAAAGUGAGCAGGACUGUCGGUGUUGUCCUGACGCCCAGAUUUCAUCACUGUUAAUCCCUUGCCAAUCCUUUGGAAAGCCCUAACCGGCCGGGGCUGGGCCUGCCUGGGACAGAAGUCCACUAAGGGGGCUCAGUGCGUUUAUGUCGUUUCAGCCCCUCCAACUCCUCCCCUUGUUCCUGCCGGCCGAGUCUUCAGUGCAUGUGGGUAUCGCUUGUUGUUCACACUCCGCUCUCUAGACCAGAUUCACAUCUAAACCUGGACAAAAAAGAAAAAAGUGAAGGACCACUAACAUUUUCUAAAUGUGCAACUGUGCUAAGUGACUGAGAUGUCUGACUUCAGUGCUGUGGGGUCAUUUUAUGGGACGAUCUUGAGAGAACAGAGUUGGAGUUGGAGGGUGUGGUCGGAAAGCACGCACAGACCCGGUGCGGAUAGCUGGCUGGCUGGUCUUGUCCAGUCCAUGACGGUUCACUCACACUGGUGUGAAAUUCCUUAACGUCCCAUGAAAAUGCCUGAGAGGUCCCUGGGUGUUUCGAUCACACUGCAACUGAGUGCGCCAGCACCAGAGCUCAGAUUUCCCAGAAUGUUCUAGGGUGAACACGUAAACCAUGCUAGGGUACAUCCAAUAACGCCAUCUGCAGUGACUUUGUUUGGUUUUCAAACUAGAAGUCACAUCUUGUGAGUCUUAAUCUUCUGACCUACUCUGUCCUGUAUUUACAUACAAAACACUGCUUGUGAAGGGGCAGUGUGUUGUGGGACAAACACAUUUUGUGUCCCCUUGCGCUUGUGAGUCAUUGGUGUUCACAGCAUCUUAAAAUUCCCUGGAUUUAUUCAAUGUUUCAGGCACUCCAAGCCGUGAACACUAUUAUCUCUUUAACAGGCAGGCUACACCAGGCAUGUAACUGAAGCGUUAAAGGUGUACGUUUUAGAAGACUGAUCAAUUUCUUUUUGAAUGUAUGCGCUGCUGUUAUAUCUGGUGUAGCCAGUUCCAUUGAUUAUAGUGGAAGCUAACUAGAUGUACCGCAGAGCGGUACAAAAUAUGACCGCCGCCCAGUCCAGCACAUUUUUUGCACAAAAAUAAAUCACGC